AUUUGGACCACAGUUGCAUUCGCGUCGGGAUCGAGGUCGGAAUUUAUACCGAAUGCUUCCGAAAAUUUCAUCCCCCUCAGAUUAAGUUUCUGCGCAACAGUUAUGUAUUUGCUGAUCUUACUCAACUUACUCCUUUGAACUUUGUCACGCGGACGCGUGCGGUCGUAUGGCGUAUGGCUUGCCCUAUGGAAUGGCCUUACAUAAAAUUAUUAUCUGCUCUCUGCUGCCUAUCAUUCUGUAUUUAUUAAUUGGUUCUAAAGGUUCAGAAGUGCCGAGAAUUGAAUCUGAACCGGAAUUUCAAAUGCCUCUUGAAAAUUACACAGUUCCACAAGGUCGAGAAGUUGUUUUUACCUGCGUCGUUAAUCAUCUUCAAUCUUACAAGGUCGCUUGGAUAAAAUCGGACUCGAGAGCAAUUCUGGCUAUUCAUACUCACAUGGUUGCACAUAAUCCACGUCUGUCAGUCACUCAUAAUGGAUUUGACACGUGGAAGCUGCACGUGGCCAAUGUCCAGGCGAAUGAUUCUGGCACAUAUAUGUGUCAAGUUAACACCGACCCUAUGAGAAGUCAGACUGGCUACAUGAAUGUUGUUAUUCCACCGGAUAUAAUGGAUCUCGACGAGAAUUCCGAUCGUUUAACAACCGAGGAGAAAGGUGAGAUUAGUCUCCGAUGCAAUGCCACUGGAACUCCUGAACCGGAAAUCACUUGGCGCCGAGAGGAUGGCAAGAACAUUACUCUAAGAGACAAAAAAGAGCAACAAGUCGUGAAAAUACACAAGGGUAAGCAGCUGCACCUGACGGGUAUUCUGAGACAAGAGAUGGGGUCGUAUCUGUGUAUUGCAUCGAAUGGAAUACCUCCCACGGUCAGCAAGAGGUAUUACGUAAACGUUUUGUUCAAACCGACAGUGACGAUUGAUAAUCAAUUAAUAGCAGCGCCAAUUGACAAAAAAGUAUCUUUAUUUUGUUCUGUCGAGUCAUCGCCGAAAUCACUGAAUGUUUGGUACAAGGAUGAUGUCAAGAAAAUAUUACCGAGUGAAAAAUAUGACGUACAAGAAUCUCAAGUGAACGACUACACUUUUCAGUCGAAUUUAACGAUAAAAAAUUUGAAGCUGAGUGAUUUUGGAAGAUAUUCCUGCUUCUCGGAAAAUGCUCAUGGCAAAGAUCAAGUAACCAUAAGACUUCAAGAAUUACAUCUGGAGAAAACAACGGUGACGCCAAUUCGAUCAACUGAAUUAUCGGGAAUUGGACAUAAAAAAUACAAUCUUAAUGAAAAAAAUGGAAGAAAGUAUAACAUGAAUUCUUUAGGUAGGGAAAAGUCGCAGAAUUUCCUCGGGAAAGUUGAGAAGUCAAAUAACAGCAUUCAAGCACCAAGAACGAAAUUGUCGAAAGCUGUUGCAACGAAAAUUUUAAAUCCCCCAUCCUCUCAUCCCGCUCUUUCUCCAGCUUCAGCGCAUUUUCCACCAGUUGAUUUUGAAAUGUAUAAUAAUAACGCUGGAUACUUCUGUUUAAAUUGGCUCAGAAUAAUUGUCAUUCUAUUGACUCUAUUAAUUUCUUUUUAAGAAACCAUUUUUUUUCUUUUUAAAUUUUUAAGUUUCACAAUUUCUUUCUCUUUUCUUUUUAUGGAAAAGAAGAAUUCUCUAUAGUUAAAGAUUUUAUUAACUUCAUGAUAAAUUAAUAAUUAAUAAUUGAUAAUUAAUAAUUAAUAAUAAAUUAAUAAAUUUAUUAUACAAUUUUAUUUUCAAUUCCCGAGGAGGCAAAAAUUUAAACCUAAGGGACCCAACAAACGCAUAAUCAAAAUUCUUCCCAUUGUUACAGUAUUUCAAAUAAUCCUUCGAAUUUUGUAAUUUAAUGUAAAUAGUAACGAAGCGAAUUUUGAUAGAGUCGAUUUUUUUUUAAUUGUUCAGUUGAUCUUUUUAUUGUAAAUAAAAAUAUAGAAAUUAAGUUAAUUUAAUUUUUGUUGUUGGAUAUUUUUCUCAUAUUUUUUCUCAUUACAAAUAAAGUUGCAAUGUACCAUAUAUAAAAAAUAAUUCCAGUAAUAAAUAAUCAACUUGAUCCUUGUGUAAAUAAUAAAAAAUGUUUAUAUGACAAUAACUUAAUUGUAUUGUAGAAAUAAUGUUGCAUUUGAAUAAUAAAUUUUAACAGACGUAGAUUUUAAUAAUAUAGAAUAAUUAAAAAUAAUUUACGAUCUCAACUUGAUAAAAAAAAGAGACUUAAUUUUAUAAAAGUUGCAAUUUAUCAUUUAAGACUGAUAUGAAUUUGUGUUCAAUGUUUCUUAAAUAUUUACUGAAGACGAUGUAUAAAUUAUUAGUUUAUAUAAUAUAGUAAUUAAAUUGCAGUCUGAGUAAAUAAAAACAGU